AUGGAGUACCCCCAAAUUUUAUUUAUUAAAGUUGCUGGUAUUAGAAAUACUAAAUUGCUUUGUGGUACAGAUGGUGCUUUAGUAUGUGAUCUAGUCAUUGAUGGCGGUACAACAGAAUUUCAACCAUUCGAUAUAGUUUUAAGAAGACCCAAGUCAAGUUCAGGUAUUCAAAAAAAUACAUUUAUUUUCAAUUUACCACAACCCACCACAAAAUUCACAUUGACUUUUAAAAAGAAAUAUAAUAACAGACCAAGCCAACAACAACACUUACAACAACAACUAUUAAUACAACAACAACAUUUACAAUCAUUGCAACAACAACAAUCCUCUGAAAAUAAUGAAUCAGCAAACACCACCACUACCACUACUCCUGCAUCAAUACAAAACCAUAAUAAUGAAAUAUCAUUGGCAAAGGUUAAUGUAUCAUUACAAUAUUCAUCAUUAACAUUAAAUAGAAGAUCAUCAUUUAAUUCGUUAUUAAAUCCACCACCAUCACCAUCCUUAUCAUCAGCCAACUCUACCUCUGGUAACAAUUCGCCUCCUGUUUUACAACAACAAAAAUCAACUGAAUCAUUAUCAAACCUACAAGCCUCACCAAGAUCAUUAGAAAACUCAUCAGAACAAAAUAAUAACGAAUCAACAGGAAGCACCAAUACAAAUAACAAUAAUAAUAAUAAUAAUGAACAAGAAACUAAACAACAAAUAACAUUACCAAUUAAUAUAAAUUCAAGUCAAAAUAAUAUAUCAUCCCAUCAGAGUUCACCAAUGUUAGGAGGUUCACCAAAUUCAAUGUUUUUAUCAGCAUCAUCAUCACCAUCAGAGGCAAUGUUAUCAGGAUCACCAACUUUUAUUGGAUACAAUAGUAAUAAUCGUUUUUCUACCGUACCAAUAUCGGCAUCAUUAUCCAUAUCGUCGCCAACAUUAGCAACUAAUAACAAUGAAGAUCCAGAGACACCAAUUCGUAUAGAACCAAGUUUAAGAUGGUACAAAUUAAAUUUAUUAAGUAGUAAUAAUAGUGGAUUAACAUCAAGCGGAUCCAAUAACAAUAUCGCAGGUACAACAAAUACUACUGGCGGCAUGGUACAAUCCAAUUCCUAUACAUCAUUUGCAGGAUUACAAAGCAACGCAAGUGAAACAGAGUCAACAAUGUCAAAUGAUGAACCAGAUAUUCAAUUACAAAUCUCCUAUGAACCAUCCAACAUACACAAUCUUGCACGUAUUAAAGCAUAUCAUAAGGAUUUACUAGAUUUAGUAGUUCAAUCAAAAUUGGCAUUAGUACAUUCAAUUUGCGACUCUAUCGAUAUUACCGCAUCUCAAACUUUGGCAAAAUCUCUAGUUGAUGUUUUUCACACCCACCACAAGUUAUUACAUUUACUCAAAUCGUUUAUAAAGAAAGAAGUUUCCCAAUGUCACGACCCCGGUACUUUGUUCCGUAGUAAUAGUGUUGCAAUGAAAAUGGUAGUAGCUUAUGGUUUAAAAUCAGCUCAACAAUAUCUUCAACAGGUUUUAACACCAUUGGUGGUCGACCUUUGUAACUCACCAUUAUCAUUAGAAGUUGACCCAGUUAAAUUAUCACCAGGCGAGGAUAUAGAGUUAAAUAUUAAAAACCUCAAAAUCGUAUCACAAAAAUUCUUUGAUCGUAUUAUUCAAUCCAUCGAUUCAUGUCCUAAAUCAAUCAUUGAAAUCUGUUACUACUUUAAAAAGAUCGUCUCAAGAAAAUUCCCAGCUCAUUGGAAAUCUGCAGUUGGUGGAUUCUUAUUUUUAAGAUUGUUUUGUCCUGCUUGUGUUUCCCCAGAGGGUCAAGGUAUUAUUAGUCCAGGUCGUGUUGGUAUCACAGAAAGACGUUCUUUAAUUUUAGUUGCCAAAUGCCUUCAAAAUCUUUCAAAUCAAGUAUUAUUCAAUCAACCAUAUAUGGAGACUAUCAAUGAUUUCAUUCAAAAUAAUUUACCAACACUCGAUGAUUACUUUUUGAAAUGUGCAUCAAGACCCACCGAAGAUCAAACCAUCGAUGGUAUGUACGUAAGCGAGGAAUCUUUCCAUGAAGGUAUUGUUUACCUUCAACAAUUUAUCGACAAAAAUCAAGAAAAACUAUUUAAAGCUUUGGAAACCAAUACUGGUAUAAGCCAAUCCGAUAAACCAAAACCUGAAAAGGUUAUGGAGGCUGUUGAAGCUUCAAAGAGAGCUGUAAUUUCAAAUUCUUCUUUAGCUACAAUUUUAAAUAGAGCAAGAUCAAAUUCAAAUGGUUCAAAUAGUUCAAGUGGCAGCAAUAAGGGCGAACAACAAACACAGCAAAAGAAAAGAGCUACAACUACUACCGAUAAGGAACCAAAAUGGGCAGGUAUCACUAAGAAUUUAAAAAUAGCAAAACAAAAUGUUAUUACCCCAGCAUUAAAUGCCCUUCAAAAAUCAAAUCCAUCUUCAUCAUCAUCAAAUACUGCUCCAUCUUCAUCACCAUCAUCCUCAAAUCAAUCACCAGAAGAAGAAAUUAAAAUUUUAAAUGAAGAAUUUCAAUGGAGUGAUAAAUCAAGACCAGCACAUACAGUUGUUAGUACUUUAUUAAGAAAUAUUUCAAAUUUAUUAAAAGCAAAUAAAUUAACAGAUACCCAAUCAUUAAAGAUGAAUGGUCAACCAGUAAAUUGGACAGUUAUUCAACAAACACCAGAAUUUGCAACAUUUUCACGUGAAUGUAAUGAAUUACAAUCAGUUUAUUUUGAAUCAAUGCAACCAGAUUAUUUAACAGCUGUAUUUAUAAAUAUAUUCAAUUUAAUGAUGGUACACCUUCACUUUUUAAUAGGACCACCAAACUCUGAAGUUAGAAGAAAGCAAUACUUUACCUAUCGUUAUAAUGUCAGUGGUGCCUAUUAUUCAUUAAAUGACAUUCAACAUGGUAUUCUCCGUUCAAAUCCAAAGAAUUCGUUAACUAGAGUACGUCAAAUUAGAGGUGGCGAUAAAAGAAGAGCUUUUGUUAUUACUACAUUGGAUCCAAGAAUUCAUUUCGCCUUGUUUGCUGUCAAUAUCACAAUUCCAUGUAUGAGAAUUUUUUCACCAGAAACCAUUGUCGAGGAUCUUCAUAGAUGUGGCGAAGAAUUUUGCAGUUCAAAAAUCGAUAUUUGUAUAAAGAAAAAGGAAAUCUCUUUACCAAAAGUAUUCUCACACUAUGGUACCGAUUUUGGUAAGAGCCGUUCUGAAAUGUUAAAGUGGAUAUUCCAAUUCCUAACCAGUGGUAAAAGAACCGAAUUAUUAGAACUCUUAGAGAAGCCAUCAUUUAUUUGUCUUUAUAGAAGCGAAAGUUGGAAUCCAAUCAUCUAUAAAACUAGAUUCAUUAAUGAUCUCGAUGAAAAACUUACAAUCGAAAAAGAGGUCGAAAAGAAGCAAGCCGAAAAAGAAAAAGUACUUCGUAGAAAAUCAAGAUCACUUACACAUGGUAAUCGUAGUUCAAUCAGCAGCAAAAAGGAUUCGUCAGCAAACACAUUAAUUCAACAACUUAAACAAUCAUCAAACAAGUCAACUAAAAUGAUUCAUUCAAUUCUAAACGAAACCGUUAAGACUGUCUCAGAGUGUAUCGAUUUAGAGUUUAUAAAGAGAACUUUGGAUAUCCUAAAGAAAUCAACCAAACAACUUUCAUUUAAUGAUUGGCACAAGGGUAGCAGUGCUAGUGGUAGCGGCAGCAGUGGAUCAGCAAACAACAGCUCAACCAAUACAGCAGAUAACGGUAGCAGCGGUACUAGCAAUAGUGGCAGCAAACCAACCCUCACCAAAGCUUCAACUCAUUUAUUCAGUAACACUCAAAUCCAUUGUCUCCCACCAAAUAUUUUAACUUCCCAAUUUACAGCACCACUUCAAGAGUUCUUUGCUAUCACAUUCACAAUCGAAAAAGAAAUGAACAAGUUUUUAGAUUUUAUGGAAAUAGCUUCAUUUGCUCAAUCGAACGAUAUCAGUGAAUUGCUUUCAGAUACCCACUCCGAAAUUAAUAAAGAGAUUGAACAAUUAAAAUCAACCUAUGAUUAUGUAACACCACUUAAACAAAUAUUAAAACAAUCACUUCAAUAUUUUAAUGUAUCAAUAACAACUAAAUCCCAACCAGUUACCUUAAAUGAAGAAAACCUUUUAGUUAAUAUUCUUCAAGAGUUUGGUUUAGAGGAUUAUUCUAAUAGUAGCAGCAACGGUGGUAUAUUAACAAACAAAUCUUCACCAAAAUCCUCAUCCCCAGUUCUCUCAUCACUUUCAUCAUCUGCUUCUUCAUCACCAAAUUUAACAAGUAAAAGACAACAACAAGUACUUUUAUUAUCUGAAAAAAUUGUGGACAUUGAAAAGCUUAUAGACACAUCCAAUACCCUUCAAGAAAUUAAUAUUUUGGUUUCAAAAAUUAAAAAGAUUGGUAAACUUUUAACUUUAUAUGAAGAACAAGCAAUAGGUAGAUUCUCUCCAAGAUCAUUAAGCACUCAAUCCUCCUCUUCCUCAUUAUCAACUACUACCAGUACUACAACCACCACAACCACCACAACAACU